CAUCCAUUUCCAGGCAGUGCCCCCACUCUUCUCACGCUUUUCUUUGUCAAAUCUCAAUCUAUAAAUCCACAAACCUAUACAUACAAAAGGAUAUACUCAUCUUUUCCAUUUAACCGUUUUUCACUUGGAUUUCAUUGAUCUAGCGUUUCAACAGCACGCUGGAGUGUGUUUGUAUGACUAUUUGAGGAUCGGAUUCUGGAUUGGUUCUCGAUUUGCUAUCCUCUCUUGGCUCGAGAUCCGAGCCAAGAACAGAGGAAUUAACGUUCGUUACACGAUUAACUGAUUAACUAAUCGAAUCGGUCGUACUCAUCACUGUAGCCACUUGCAGUGUGGAGAGGUUUUGUGAAAUGGCAUCGGGUGAGGGAUUUCUGACUAAAGAACAGAGGGAGAUGUUGAAUGUUGCACCGCCGAAUGUGGAGGUUUUGUCAUCUUCACCCAAGUCUCCUACUCUGAAGUCUCCAGGUACGAAAUCCUCGUCCGUUCUACUGUCGGAGCAUCACGUGAAGGCACCAGGAGGUGGGAGGGCAUCCACAGCUGGAAUUGCUGUGAGACAUGUACGACGUACGCACUCAGGGAAACAUAUCCGUGUUAAGAAGGAUGGUGCUGGUGGUAAAGGCACUUGGGGAAAACUGCUCGAUACUGAAGGUGAAUCUCAUCUUGAUAGAAAUGAUCCAAACUACGACAGUGGUGAGGAGCCAUAUGAGCUUGUAGGAACUGCUGUGUCUGAUCCAUUAGAUGAUUAUAAGAAAUCAGUAGUAUCAAUUAUAGAGGAAUACUUCAGCACUGGUAAUGUGGAACAGGCUGCGUCUGAUCUCAAGGAAUUAGGUUCAACUGAGUAUCACCCAUAUUUUAUUAAGAGGCUUGUUUCUUUGGCAAUGGAUAGGCAUGACAAGGAGAAGGAAAUGACUUCAGUUCUUCUUUCUGCUCUUUAUGCCGAUGUCAUCAGCCCUACCCAGAUCAGCAAGGGGUUUUACAUGCUUCUGGAGUCUGCUGAUGACUUGUCAGUGGACAUACCAGAUACUGUUAAUAUCCUUGCUUUAUUCAUUGCACGGGCUGUGGUCGAUGACAUUCUUCCACCAGCUUUUAUUGCCAGAGUCAGAAAAAUGCUCCCAAAAUCCUCCAAGGGGUUUCAGGUGUUGCAAACUGCGGAGAAGAGCUAUCUCUCAGCUCCACACCAUGCAGAACUUGUAGAGAGGCGCUGGGGUGGCAGCACCCAGUUCACUGUUGAGGAAGUCAAGAAAAGGAUUGCUGAACUAUUGAGAGAAUAUGUUGAGAGUGGAGACACUGUUGAGGCCUGCAGAUGCAUAAGACAGUUGGAAGUUUCUUUUUUCUAUCAUGAAGUUGUCAAGAGAGCUCUAGUUUUAGCCAUG